AUGCCCACUUCCGGAUAUCAAAUAAAUGUCUUAAGAAUAUUGGUAACGGUAUUUACGAUUAUAUCGGAAAUGCUUAUAGCCGGCUUUUUACUGACAUUCACACUGUUGCUGAAAACAUGUCACUGUCAACAAAACACACUCUUCAAUCAAUCACCAUUCCAACGACAAUCACCUUUUCAACGACAACAACUGCGCCAACGUCAACAAUUACAGCAGCAACAGCCGCAACAACUCUUUCCCAAUACACUCAACACUCUAAAUCCACUCAAUACACUGCAGCCCAUCUCACCGAUAUUACCACAAAACAUUUACAAUCGCAACUAUAAUCAGGUGAAUCCUCAGAAUUUUGUACCAAUUACCGCAUAUCAGAAUGAAUUGAACUAUGAUGGCAGUUUCUCGUAUGGCUACUCAGCUGGUGAUGGUACUACAGCUCAGGCCCAGGGUUAUGUAAAGAACUUGGGUUUAGGAGAAGCAGUGGAGGCUCAAGUUGUGCAAGGUUCAUAUUCCUACACCUCACCGGAAGGUACACCUAUAACUGUACGUUAUAUAGCUGAUGAAAAUGGCUUUCGUGCCGAAGGCGCUCACAUACCGACCCCACCACCUACACCAGAUGCAAUUGCCAAAUCUCUUCAGUACACCGCCAGCUUACAGAAUCCAUAUCAACAGGACUAUAGUCCAAAUAUAAAUCCAUAUCAAACCCCUUUUCGACAGUAUCCCAAUAAUAUAAGACCUGGUCAAGGCCAACUGACGCCCCUGCAACUACAGCAGCAACAACGUUUCUUACAGCAGCAACAGAAUACCGGCCAAUAUACUCCCGAUAAUCAAUUUGGCUUUUCGCCACCUUCGCCCUUCUCCUCAGGCACACCAUUUGCCCAGGGAAGCCCUAAUCAAUUUGGAAGUAAUUUGCAAAGCCAGGGGAACUUCCUGCCGCAACAGCAAAAUCUCACACAGCAACAGCAACAAAAUCGCCAGCAGCAAUUGAAUAAUCAGCAGCAUCAACAAAACGACCAGCACCAACAGCAAUUGGCUACACAAGAACUUCGUUCAAGACCCAAUCAAUUGGUGAAUACUUUUGGCUACAAUCCCUAUCGUCGCUACAAGAAGUCAACGGCAAAAUCUGUAAAGGAAGAAGAACACUGAUGAAGCACGAUAAUUGUCACCUUACUGUUCAUAUUUUAUAUAUAAGAUUUUUGAAAACUAGAAAAUUGUUUAACUGAACAACUUCUUAAGAAAAAAACAUAUUAUAAAUAUUUUAAUUUUACGGUAUUUGUUACAUGAAAUGUAAAAAAAAUGAAUUAUUAAUUGAAUGCAUGAAAUACAUGUACUGAAAAUCCAAAACAAA